GAGAGACGUGAUGUUUUCCCGGCUGCUCUCAAUUGUCCAGCGGCACAGAGCCAGCCCAGGAUGGCAGAACCGGCUUUCAACGAGAAGCAGCACGUCAGCUGCUGAGGCCCAUUCUGUCGCCCUGCCUGCCCAGGCGCAGGUGGUCAUCUGUGGCGGUGGGAUCAUGGGCACCUCUGUGGCCUAUCACCUCUCCAAGCUGGGCUGGAAGGAUAUUGUCCUCUUGGAACAGGGCAGGCUGGCUGCUGGCUCUACAAGGUUCUGUGCUGGUAUAUUGAGCAUGGCCAGGCACUUGUCCAUUGAGCAGAAGAUGGCAGACUAUUCAAACAAACUCUACCAGCAGUUAGAGCAAGAAACAGGAAUCCAAACAGGUUAUGUGAGGACGGGCUCCAUCUCUUUGGCCCAAACCCAGGAUCGUCUGAUCUCCUUGAAGCGCAUCAACUCAAGGCUGAAUGUUAUGGGCAUCCCAUCUGAGAUCAUCUCCCCCAAGAAAGUGGCUGAACUUCACCCUCUCCUCAAUGUGCACGACCUGGUGGGGGCCAUGCAUGUCCCCGAGGAUGCGGUCAUGUCCUCUGCCGAUGUGGCUCUUGCCCUGGCAAGUGCUGCCUCCCAAAACAGUGUUCAGAUCUACGACCGCACAACUGUUCUUCACGUACUAGUCAAAAAUAAUCAAGUCACUGGUGUGGAGACAGAUAAAGGACACAUUGACUGCCAGUAUUUUGUCAACUGUGCUGGUCAGUGGGCAUACGAGCUGGGUCUGUCCAACGAGGAGCCGGUUAGUAUCCCGUUACAUGCCUGCGAACACUUCUACCUUCUGACUCGCCCCUUGGAGACCCCUCUGCAGAGCAACACACCAACUGUUGUGGAUGCUGAUGGGAGGAUUUAUAUUCGGAACUGGCAGGGUGGCAUCUUGUCUGGGGGCUUUGAGAAGAACCCGAAACCAAUUUUCACAGAGGGCAAGAACCAGCUGGAGAUUCAGAAUCUACAGGAAGACUGGGAUCACUUUGAGCCCCUGUUGAGUUCCCUCCUGCGUAGGAUGCCAGAAUUGGAGGCUCUGGAAAUCAUGAAGUUGGUGAAUUGCCCCGAGACCUUCACACCAGACAUGCGGUGCAUCAUGGGCGAGUCUCCCACAGUUCAGGGCUACUUUGUCCUGGCGGGAAUGAACUCUGCUGGCCUGUCAUUUGGUGGAGGAGCUGGGAAGUACCUUGCAGAAUGGAUGGUCCAGGGUUAUCCCUCAGAAAACGUCUGGGAGUUGGACUUGAAACGUUUUGGAGCCCUUCAGAGCAGCCGCACCUUUCUGCGCCACCGGGUCAUGGAAGUCAUGCCUCUGUUAUAUGAUCUAAAAGUUCCCCGUUGGGACUUCCAGACUGGGAGGCAACUUCGCACAUCUCCUCUCUAUGACCGGUUAGAUGCACAGGGAGCCCAGUGGAUGGAGAAACACGGAUUCGAGAGGCCAAAGUACUUUAUUCCACCUGAUAAAGACCUCCUGGCUUUGGAACAGAGUAAGACCUUCUAUAAGCCGGAUUGGUUUGACAUUGUGGAGUCUGAAGUCAAGUGCUGUAAGGAGGCUGUGUGUGUCAUUGACAUGUCCUCUUUUACAAAGUUUGAAAUAACAUCCACUGGGGAUCAGGCAUUGGAAAUUCUGCAGUACCUCUUCUCCAAUGACCUCGAUGUGCCCGUGGGCCACAUCGUGCAUACCGGCAUGCUCAACCAGGGCGGCGGCUAUGAGAAUGACUGCAGCAUCGCCCGGCUGAACAAGCGCAGUUUCUUCAUGAUUUCUCCGACUGACCAGCAGGUCCACUGUUGGUCCUGGCUUGAGAAACACAUGCCAAAAGACAGUAACCUGCUGCUGGAGGAUGUCAGCUGGAAAUACACUGCCCUCAAUCUGAUUGGCCCCCGAGCUGUGGAUGUUCUGUCUGAGUUGUCCUAUGCUCCUAUGACUCCUGACCACUUCCCAAGCCUCUUUUGCAAGGAGAUGAGUGUGGGCUAUGCCAACGGCAUCCGGGUGAUGAGCAUGACUCACACGGGAGAGCCAGGCUUCAUGCUGUACAUUCCCAUCGAGUAUGCCCUGCAUGUAUACAAUGAAGUGAUGAGUGUUGGGCAGAAGUACGGAAUCCGAAAUGCUGGCUAUUACGCUCUUCGCAGUCUCCGAAUUGAGAAGUUUUUUGCCUUCUGGGGUCAGGAUUUAAAUACCUACACCACACCCCUGGAAUGUGGACGAGAGUUUCGGGUGAAAUUAGAGAAGGGGAUGGAUUUCAUCGGUCGGGAUGCCCUGCUGCAGCAGAAGCAGAAUGGGGUGUAUAAGCGCUUCACUAUGUUUAUCUUGGAUGACCACGACACAGACCUGGACCUCUGGCCUUGGUGGGGAGAGCCCAUUUACCGAAACGGGCAAUAUGUCGGCAAGACCACCAGCAGUGCCUAUAGCUUCACCCUGGAGCGCCACGUGUGCCUGGGCUUUGUGCACAACUUUUCUGAGGACACCGGGGAGGAGCAGGUGGUGACAGCAGAUUUCAUCAACCGGGGAGAGUAUGAGAUUGAUAUUGCGGGCCACCGGUUCCAGGCCAAAGCCAAGCUCUACCCCUUCAGCUCCCUCUUCACUCACAAACGCCGAAAGGAUGACAUGGAGCUAAGUGAUUUCCACGGGAAGUAAUGCUAGGACAGUCUUGCCUCCUCCCCCAUCAGUUCAUCCCCAGAGAAGGACACCUUAGCAUCUUUCUUCUGAUCCCUUCCCUCUUCUUUUCCAUCCUUCACCUUCCAUCUGCCCUCCUUGAUGUAAUUUCACACUUGACCUACUUUAAGUCCUUUUGCUUGGAAGCCUCUCUCCUUCCAUCUCCUCCU